AUUUAUUGUUUUGAAAGACUUUUUGCUCAUUUUUUGACGUGUUCUCAUAGAAAAAGCUCUCUUUUUUCUAUUAAUUACGCAAUGAAACUAAUAGGAUUAUUCUUAAUCUUGACUUUAGAAAGUUGCAUCUUUUGUGGUAUGUUCAAUUGUAUUUCUUUUUUUAUUUAACAACUGCAAAAGAGAAAUAAAUCCAUUUAUAGAGAAGAUAUGCUCGGGUGAGAAUGAUUGUGAAUUUUAUGAAAAUUGCCAAGGAAACAUUUGCAGCUGUGAUAAAACAUUCGGUUUAGGAAUCUGUGCAGAUGGUAAAUGAAAGAGAUUGAACAAAAACGGCCGUAAAUUAAAUAUUUGAAGGUCAAAUUUCAGGCUGGGAAAUGGUUAGGGGAAUAAGAUAGCUAUUGAUACGUACUUAGGAUGGUCCCAUCAAAGGAAUAGGAGCAUUGAAAAGGUUUAGGCAAAAACAAGGGCUAGGUUAGUGUUAGGGUAAAAUCAUAGAUCUAUGGCCGUUUUCUACCGCAUCCUAACUAAAAUAAAAAUGAAUUUUUUUCAUUUUUUAUAUUUUUAACAUUUGUUUCAAGGGGAAAAUUUAAUUUUUGAACCUGGAAAAACUGCUUCAAGAUAUUCGAAUACUAUAUAUAUAGGUUUUACUUUGGAAUAUUGUUAUAGAAUUUGCAAACAAAUUAGUCAUUUUGAAUGCGUUAGUUUCGCACGGCGUGGAUACUUUUGCUAUGUGUUUCCCAAAGUUGAUUAUCCUUUAAUGGAUAGUUUACGUACUUCACUAUUUAUUCUUAAAGACAAAAGAUUAGGAGUUUGUGGUGCGAAGAAUACUGCAACGCCACCUACCGAUGAAUGUUUUACCUUCUUAAUGAAUGACAAUGGAUGUCCAACAAAAAACUUUGAAGCACAUCCAUACCACAAAGAGAUGACUAUUGAAGAAUUUAGUUCAUCAGUGAAUCUUAGCUCUCAAAUUAUACGACAAUCAAAAUACAAUAAAACUGUAAAGAAUGAAUAUAUCCGACAAGUUUGCUUGGGAAACUCAGGAAUUAACAUUGAAAAUGUUGCCCUACACAAACAGGUUUCACAUCUGGGAUAUUUUAAAAAUCCUCUAUAUCAUCCUACUCAUGCUGUUGAUGGUUUACGUCUGAGUAAUGCCAGCCAUGGAACCUGUGUACUUUUGGAAAUGUUGGAAACUGUUCAACCCACUUUAAAAAUAAUGUUAAAUGCAUUUCAUGCAGUAAGAAAAGUUGUAAUUUGGCCAACUAAUGAAAAUGUCUAUCAACUAUUCUUAAUCUACAUGCAAGAUAGAAAUGAUACAUGCAAAGAUAACAUUCUUGUUAAAAACAAUACUGAAACAGAAGUUUAUUGUUCAGCCACAAUGAAUAGUCACGAUGUUAUAAGCAUUGAACAAAAAUUAAAGUCUCCCCUUUAUAUUUGUGAAAUUGAGGUUUUUUCAGAAAAUCUUGCCACGAAAAAGCUAUUCCUAACAAAACAGGUUUCACACAAUGGCAAACUUAAUGAUGGAUUUCUCAAUAAUUAUUUGAGUUAUUCACUAAAACAAGAAAUUUGGAUUGCUAUUAAUCUAUUAGCAUACUAUAAUGUCUAUGGAUUUGAUGCUAAAGUUCCGCAAGCUUAUUCCGGAAAUUUUGGAAACUUUUAUGUAGAAGUAUCCAAUGAUAAUCCUAGCUUAUUUGAGCAUUCAAUUGAAUCAAAAAAAUGUAUUGAGAUUGAUAAUUUCCCUAUACAAAGUGAAAAUUUUCAAACAUUUGGAUGUGUUAAAGGAGGUGUUGAAGGUCAAUUCUUCAAAAUUCUUACCAAAUCUGCUUCUUCUAUUCAAUUCUCUGCAAAUGAGAUUGAAAUAUUUGGAAUAUAUUUAAGAUCUUCUGAUCAGAAGAAUAAUAAUUUAUUGUUUCAUAAACCAUCUUGGGCUUCAAGUGUACAACAAAAUUUGUAUUCAGGUUUCAGAUUAACAGAUGGAGAGGACAAUGCCUAUUUCAAAACCAAUCUCCAAGCGUAUCCAUGGUGUAGAAUAGACCUACUAGGAGUAUUUCGAAUUAAUUCGAUGGGUAUUAUAGGCUGGGUUUCACAGCAUGCUUCAUUAUUUCACUUGAGAGGAUUAGUAUCAUAUAAAUAUGAUUUCUCUCCACAAAAUACAGGGGAUAGCUUUCAAACUUGUUUUAUUAAUAAUAUUCAUAUGUCGCCAAGGGAAUAUAGAAUAUGGAAUUGCACAAUGUCAAAUCCAACUGGUCGAUAUGUAACAUUUUAUUUGCAUGCUUCCAGUCAAUUACUUUUGCAAGAGGCAGAAGUUUAUGGUGAAGAAAUUAUUAAUAAUAAUUUCUAUAAUUUACCAAUAGUAUUGGCUGAUAGAAAUUCAAAUAAUACUGGUUUCCCAUCAAUUCCUCAUAAAGAUCAAUUUCCUUCUAAAGCUAUAGACAGGCUGCCACACAAUAUUUAUCAUGAAGAACUUUACUACUCUUGUUCAAGUAAUUAUCUAGCUAAUGGUGAAGAGGGAAAAUUUACAUUCCAUUUGGAUAAUCAUUAUCUAAUACAUCAAAUUGUUCUUCUUUUACGAAUUGAUUCGAAUGAUAUUCGAGAUGUUCAACUUGUAGUUGAGAAUAAUCUCUUUCCCGCAACUCAAAGGCAAAUAUGCGAUUUGCAGACCACUAAUAAAGGAUAUGGUUCUUAUCAAGCAUUCAACUGUUCUCUUGUAGGUGAUAGAGUAUCAUUCUAUAAAAUUGGUGGUAAUAAUUUAUUCUCCAUUUGUGAAAUAUACGUUUUUGGAAGAAAACAACCUUACAGUUUAAAUGAAUAUGGUAAUAUGGUUUUGGCAGAAAGAGGAUUUUCAUCAUAUUCAUCAGAUAUAAUAUUAAAUACUAAUUGUAAUUUCCAUACAAGAGAUAUUUACAUUCAAUUUCCAAAUAAUUACAGAUUUACUGCAGUUGGUUUUACAAUAAUGACAACUGCAAAUGUUAUAGAUGGUCUAAAUAUCUAUGGAAUAGAAUACAAUACUCCCAAUCUUUGUGUACAAGUUAAAUAUAACAUCAAAAUUAUAAAACCAACAAUUUUUACCUUCAAUUGUGAAAGUGAAAUGAUUGCGAAAUAUAUUCAAAUUAAGUCUAUCAGCUCUUUUUUCCAAUUUUGUAACUUUUUUAUUAUAAGUAAAGGAAUAAGUCAAAAUAAUCAACAAGAUAAUUUUAGAUUAGAGAAUAAAAGAUUAUUAAAACCUGCUUACAGCUUCUAUACAGAAAAAACAAGAAACGCUUUGGAAUGUUAUCAUAAUUGUUCACAAAAUUCACUUUGUGCUGAUAUUUCGUAUAAAGAAGCAAAUGCUGAAUGUUCAUUUAGUAUAUUUCAUAUAUUGCCUCUUUUUAAGCAUGUAUUGACAAGUUCUUCAAACGAUUAUCAGCAUUCUAUUUCACAGAAACAGCAGAUUGAUUCAACUCUAGUUUGUUCAAUAGGUUAAUGUAUAGUUUUUGUGAAUAUUUUUAUGAAUUGUUGACUGUUUCUAUUUGACAAUACUCUAAUGAAUGUUAUCAUACCUACAAUUAGCAAAUAUCUGUUUAAUGAAUCUGCUGUUGCCGUCUUGGAUGAAAUUUUUUUUAAACCACGUUUAUUCCAUAGAUUAUUGAAUUACUUUUGUGAUUUUGGGAAAGAUACCCCAUUUUUAACAGUUUAACCCUAACUCUAACCCAUCAGUUAUCUAAACUUUAAACUACUAUGUCUGUUUCUCCCUAUCACAUUUUUUUUGUGAGUUGUUUUAAAAAUUUUUGAGUGGGUUUCUAUUGCAAGAUAUUUUAAUAAAUACUAUCGUAUCAACAAUUUGUUGUGUAGAAAUACGUAUUUCAGGUUUACUGAAAUUCCAAAA